AUGCAUUCCAAGCCGAGUAAACUUGUUCGCGAUUAUGGAAGUACCAGAUACGUCAGUCUGUCGUCCAUCGUCUCAACUGUGAAUUUCCCGUUGAUCAGCUGCACAGUGUGCGGAAGCGAAAUCAACAUUUUCGACACGAACGAUCAAAGUGUUUUCCAGUGCUCAAAGUGCCACGAAGGCAUACCCAUACGACCUGCUCCGGCCGGAAAGAAAUACGUCCGCUGUCCCUGCAACUGUCUGAUCAUCUGCAGGGAAUCGGCUCUCAAGAUUGUCUGCCCACGAUCCAGCUGCAAGAGGACCACUCAUCUCGUUACUUUAAAGGCCCACAACGCCAUCCCCAGUACGCUCUUCACCUGCGCCUAUUGUUCCAACCCAUUCCGGACCGACCAGCCAGCAGAUCCGGCUGGCGUAUUGGUGCGGUGCCCGCAUUUUCAUUGCAAGAACAUGACGUCCAUCGGUGGGCCCAAACUCGCUAGGAAAUGGGCCAUCGUUUUCCUGAUUUUGAGCACCAUGUUUAUUGCCCUGGCUGCCGGUGUAGCGUACGGAGCUAUCUACGUGGAGCAAACUUCGAAAGGAGUCAUGUACGCCGGUUAUAUCGGAUUGUUUCUCGUCGCCAUGAUCUUGUUAGUUCGCAGCAUUUUCUACUGGACGAUGAAAGUCAGCGAAAAACAAGGAUCUGCCUAA